AUGGAUCACCUCCUGGAGGCAUACGCUAGUAGUAGCUCUGAAGACGAAAAAAUCGAAGAAAAAGACCCCAACCCUUCGGUCUUGGGCGGACUGCCAUCGGAGCUGCUCACCAUUUUCAAGGACAGCGCCUCACGACAUGAUUCGUUACGUGCUGCCACAGAGUACGACCUCGCGACCGAGCGGCGGAGGGCAGAGGAGCGGGCAGGGAACAUCCGAUGGGUUCGAAGGUUUCCCCACGAGAGAGGGAACUGGCCGACGCACGUCUUCAUUCCAGUUCCCAACUCCGCAGCUUUCAAGAGCAUGGCGGAGGCGAGCGUCUCGCACUUCCGGCAAAGGCUGGCUACGGCAUGGAGAGAGGGGCACGGGCGUGCUGAAGGUGGGAAGGGCGGGAAGAAGCGCACAAGGGAUGGCCGGCAGCGUUCCAACCAAGCGAGCGCUUCAUCGGCUGGGAAACUUGAUCCUCCGGAGGUAGUAAUGAAUGACAUGGAUCCCUCCGGACGACAGCACCUCAGUCUCUCCAAAACGACCGCUCUUCGAGCCCACCAGAUAAACCCGUUCGUGCGGGGGCUCAAGGAAGCCGUCAAAUCGUCUCGCAGUUUCACCGCUUCCUUCGUCUCCGGCUACGACGUGCUGGUCAACGAAGACAAAACGCGCUCCUUCGUGUGUCUCAGGGUCAGGGGGGGGCGACAGAUGGUUCUCAGCCUCAUCGCGAAGGUGGACCCCUUGAUGCGAAGGUUCAAGCAGUCAGAGUACUACGAGGUGAUUAUCAUGCACGAGGGGGACCGGACCACCUCUCUCGCUCUCUCUAUGCACCUGCCAACUUUUGCCGCCCUUUUUGUCCACCCACUGACCUUCCACGCAGCAUCGUCUGAAGUGUAA